GCGGGGCUCCACCUCCCGUGUUCACCAUCGAUGGUGCGCCGAGACUGACAAUUGCUGCCACAAGUAUUCGCUACCUGUUGUGCUGGCGUCAUCGCUGGUGGGCGCCAUGUCGGGAUCGACGGUGUUGAGUGGCGGGAAGUCGGAGGAGGAGCUGCGGCAAGAGAUCGAGGAGAUCGAACGGCAGCAGGCGCAGGUGGAGGACAGUCUCCGCGCAAUCACCUCGCGCCUGCCGCCCAGCAUAAGGCGCUCGCUGCCCCCCGCGCCCCCCGCCAUCCGAGCGCAACCCAUCCGCGCACCCCGCCGCUUCCCCUUCCCCGGCAGCAGCUCCGACCUCCCAGGCGGCGCCGGCGCGGGCAAUGGGGGGGCGCGCGCUGGUGGGCUUUCGUUCGCUCGGCGCAGCCAGCCCGAUGCUGUGUUGGCGGAUGCUGACGUGGCAGCUGUCACCAAGAGAAGACGGCUGAUGUCAGCAGUGACUCGGGUGGGGCCGGACGGGGACCCCAUCGACCCACGGCGAGCACCUGACUCAGAUGACGUCAUGCACGAAGGCAGAGUCGCUCACCCGGACGCGCCCACAGACAGCCGCCCGCACACCGCUGCCUCACCCCCUCCCCCUCCGCUUGCCCCAGGCCCCCCCUCCGCCCCUGCCCCUGCGCCUGAGCCUGCCCCCCCCCCGCCACGCCCCGUGCUGAAAAUGGACCCGGUGGCCCGGCGCCGCCACCGCAACAUGCUGGGGGCGCUGCUGGUGGGCACGCUGCAGCGAGCACGAGAGGAGGAGGAGAGGGAUGCGGAGCUCUUGGCUCGGAGGGCGUUGAUCCAGCAGAAGGCAGAGCAGCGAGUGGCCGAGGAGAGUGAGCGGUUGAGGGAGAGGGAGAGGGAGAAGAUCAUACAGCAGCGCAAGCGAGACCUCGUGCUGCGGGCGCGGCUGAUGGCCAAGGCGGAGGAGAAGGACGUGCAUCUGCUGCUGCGCCACUGGCGCCACCACCACGCGCUGCUCUCGCACUUCAUCCGCACCAAGGCCAGGCCGCCCAUCAUGUUUCUGCCUGCCCGGCCAUCAGCAACGACUGACAGGCUGCUGCAAGCACAGGAGCAGGGCCUGGCGGAGUGGCAGCAGCAGCAGGAGAGGGAGGUGCAGCAGUUUGUGGCCGACACACUGCAGCGACACCUGGCGGACGCUGAUAGGCUCAUGCUGCCCUUGGGCGGAGAAGGGGGGCAGGUGGUGGGGGGAGGGGAAGCAGUGGGAGGCGGUGAGGUAGUCGGGGGGAACAAGGCUAUGGAGGAAGAGCAGGGUGCUGGCUUCCACUCUGACGGCCAGAGGAGAGAAGCAAGUGCAGACGGGGGCGAGGAGAGGGACGAGGGCAAAGAGAGGGAAGCAAGUGAAGGGAAGGUGAAGGAAGAGAGGGACGCAGGGGCUGAUGGGGAGAGGCUGAUAGAGGAAGACAUGGACGAGGGGGUGAAGGGGGUGGACGAGGGGGUGAACGGGGUGGAGGAGGGGGACACGUUCCAAGCAGGAGGCAAUGGCCAAGGCAAGGAGAGCAGCGGCGCACGGCAGGAGCAAGAGGAGGUUGAGAAUGGUAAGGAAAGUGAGGCGAGGGGGGAUGGGCGGACGAGGAAACCUCAAGGGGGCGACACUAAGGUGGAGAAAGUUCUGGGGGAGGGUGAUGGAGAGGGCAGGAUGGAGAGGGGAUCUGGAAGGGGCAAGGGCACGGGUGGCAGGGAGAGGGGAGAUGGUGGCAGGGAGAGGGGAGAUGGUGGCCAGGAGAAGAGCGGAGGUGGCAGGAAAGGGUCACGUGGAAGCCGCUCCUCACCAGGUCGCUCCCGUGGAAGCCAGUCCCCACGCAGCAGCUCUUCUCAUGGGCGCUCCACUGGGUCCUCCGGCAGCCACUCCAGCAGCCAUGGGGAGGGCGGGCGGACCAAGGGGUGACUGACUGGUGAGGUCUGGGAGCUGUCAUCCGGGAAGGACCCAGAGCUCCUCCUGUUGCUGUGGUAGUGUGGCUUGUUGGGCUGAGAAAAAGCCCUUGGGAUCUUUCCAGAGACUAAGUCCCAACUGUAAAGACUUGGGGUAGUGCAGCGGAAGUUGAGGCAGUUGAACCCUUGUACUAGUAUGUGAGAACAAGUGAUAAUAAAAAGGCAAACAUACAGCAAUAUAUAGAAGAUAAGAAACAGUUGUAGAGUACAGUUGCAGUAGCGGUUUAUCGAGUCGUACAGCGACUCGAUUGUCGCUUCGGUUACCAUCCGUGCUGUUGUAACGGUCAGUCGCAACCUCCAGUUGUGACCCUUCG